CAUGAUUGGUUCCUUGCUAAUGUUCUUUCCAAGACUCAAGAAGAGGAAGAAAGAUGGCCAAAGCUCAUACACUUCCUAUUUCUGCCUACCACUCCAAAGAAUUUAAAGAUCUUAAUACCAUUGAGCAGACUUCUACCCUGUUCUCAACCCAGAAGCUGACCAUCUCACCAAACAUCCUAGAGCUUUUAACUCUGCCUUGUGGUAUAGACGAACUGGAACAUGACUACCGGCCUUGUAUUUCAGAGGACCUAAAAAUAGGUUUUGUCAUCUCUGAUCAUGCCACUCAAACUGAGAUAAGUGAAGUAGGAGAUCUGAAACAGUCUACAGCAAUGACAAGAAUUUUACUAGAGUUUACAUACUCCCUCUGUGAUGACUUUGCAAUGUAUAAAAAUAUUCUGAAAAUGCAGUAUGAGGAAAAAAUACAGGAAUAUUCAUCCAAACUCUGGCUAGAGAUAAGUGACCGACUGGAAGACAUUGAGAAACUUUAUAAGCAGAAAGAAAUAAAAACACGAUAUAGCUACCAACAACAAUUAAGUGAUGCACUUGCUAUUCUUAAAAUGAACUAUUCCAAAUAUGCACAAGUGGAUGAACAAUGUAGAGUGGAUUUACAAGCUGCAAAAAUAGAUAAGUUAAGGAGAAUCAUUGAUGAGCAAGCAGAUAAAAUUGAAUAUUUAACAGCGCUGUUAGAGGAAGAGAAAGACAUGAGAGAUGAAAAGCUUCAACGUGAAGGGUACGUUGAUGUGGAAUGGCAUCGGCAACAGAUGCGAGAGUUGAGAGAGCAAAUAAUUAGCCUGACUGAAAAAAACACACAGCUUCAAGAAACUGUGAAACUGGGAGUGAAAGAACAGACUAACUUAGAGAACGAAAUAAAACUUUUGCAGAACAAAAUGGAAAAAGAUAUGAAGACAAUGGAAAAGUUAAUAAAUGCUCACGACUUACUGAAGGCAGAACUUGACAGAGAGAAGGAAAAAAUGCAAGGAAAGGCUCAGGAAAUAAAAGAAGCUCAAGAUGUUCACCCAAAGUUAAAAGAAACUGGAGCUCAACCACUAGCAAAGAAAGUCUCAGAUCUGGAUGGAGCAGUGAAAAAGGGCCGGAAAAAAAGCUUGAAAGGGAAAACUGUCAAAGAGACAGCUAGUAAAGAGGCAGUUCUUAAAGUAGUAACCACCAAAGACACAACAACCAAAGAAGCAGGCGCCAAAGAAGCAACCGCCAAAGAAGCAGCCACCAAAGGAGAUGGGACAGGUGAAAUUUCGGAUGAGGUAACGGCGGCUGACAGAAAAGCACUAUAUAAUGAAAUAAAAAGGCUUAAGAAAGCUGAAGAGCAAGCAAGAUUGCAGGUACAAAGACUUCAGAAGGAAUUAAGUGAGUUGAAUCAAUCUUGGGAAUUAAAGUUUGAUAUUCUAAGGAGAAGCCUGCAUGCUAUUAAGAAUGAGAUGUAUCUUAGACAAUCACUGCAGCAAUCAGUGAAAUUCCGACGCCCAUUACUGAGCGAAAGGAAAGCUUUGCCUAUACACAUCCAGAAUCGAGUUCAGAAUCCUCCACAUAAACGCCGUUGGAUCUCAAGUACUUUGUAUAUGCAGUAUUCACCUCUGCCGGAGAUAACUGCUGAGAUAGAUGUUGAGUCAGGUGAUGAAGAACAAAAUGAUGAUAACAGUCCAGUUACAACUGAAGUACCCAACACUUUAACACAAGAUGAGGAAGGGGUUGAGCAAUCAAAGUUACUGCCUUCACCUCUUGUGUCUACUGAACACUGAUGUGGGUUGGAGUCCUCUGUCUUAUCUGGAACAAUUGUCUGCACCAAAAAGGUUGAAUGCUUUGUUUUUCUAAAGCUUAGAAGGAACCCAAAACAAAUUGGCCAGAUGAGAAGCCAUUGCUCCAGAAAGUGCUUGAGCAUUUUCUGCCCAAAUGUCACAAUGGUAGAAAUGAAUCAAGAUAUUUCUGGGGCACUCCUUCUAACUGUUAAGGACCACUGGAGUGUUUUUCCUGCUUCAAAAAUAAAUAAAAGCUUUAAAUAAAGAAAUUUA